GGCUUAAGUAAUGAUCACAACAUUCGCUCGUUUCGUGGAAAUCCAUUGGACCAACCGGAGACGUUGAGAUCGGACACUUUCAGAGCAUUGAUCGGUCCUCUUCCUCCUGUCAUGGCCAUGGCUCAUCUCUGGCUGGGUCGUGUGGCCCGUAGCCGCCUUUCAGUGGGCGUUCCAUUGCUCCGAACCGCUCAAAGACAAGCCAGUCAAAAUCGAGUGGUUCUGAUUCCAGAAAUUCCCCCGGAUGAUGCCCGCACCAACCCGUUAUUGAAACCGUAUAGCGAGGGAUUACCCCAGUUUGAAAGCGUCAAUGAGCGACAUUGCUUCUUCGGAUUGGGCAAGGCCUUGCUUCAGUUCGAGGCCAAUAUUGGGGCCAUUGAAGACCGAAUAAACGGUGGGGAAGUCUUGGACUUUGAAGCGCUGUUUGGCGCCAUCGAUCAGGCCAAGUGCGAGUAUGAGAGCGUGUGGUAUGCGGUCAACUUGCUGCACGUCACCACAGAAGUCUUAGAUCGGGAUAUCUUCAUGAAAUUGCAUCGGCGAGCCGAGCGAGCCUUGGUCGUCCGAAUGUCGUCCCGGGGCAUCCAUUCUCAACUCAAGCGAUUGCAACAGGAAGACCAGAAGACGCAGAAUUUGACGCCCAGCCAAAGACAUCUGCUUCAACGAUAUCUAACCGAGUAUAAGCUCAAAGGCUUCGACCUGUCCGAGAACGGUUACCUAGAGCUCAAUGAAACGUGGUUGCGUCGAUUAGCAGAAGCGAAACAAGAUUACAACUACAAAAUGAUGAUGUCGACGCAAAAUUUCCGGGCUUCGGUCAAUGAUCCGCAAGUGGUGAGCGACUUCCCCAUUGAUGUUCUAAAGGCCAUGGCGUUAGAUAGCUCUCAACCCACCAAGGGACCUUGGAGCGUGACCCUUCAUCCGUAUUUGUAUCAGAAGUUCUUGGAAUACUGUCCAGAUCGUCGAUUGAGGUGGAAUGUCUAUCAAGCAUCCGUGUCUCGGGGAGAUCGGAAACAAGAUGUCUAUAACCGUGUCGUGGCUCAAGUCAAAGAGAUCAAUCAGUACAGACAAGAUGAGGCCGUGACUUUGGGAUAUCCUUGUUUUUCGGAACUCUCCAUGGAGACAAAGAUGGCGGCCAAUGUUGACAAUGUGAAAGCCAUGACCACUAGCCUCCUCGGAAGUGCCAAAUCCUCCCAAGAGAUGGAAUUGGAAUCUCUUCAGGCAUAUGCAGAGUCUCGGGGAUUUGACCACGACCUCACCUAUUACGAUAUCCCAUAUUUCAAGCGCAAGUUUCGACGAACUUUCUUGGGGUUGACCGAUGACGAUGUUCGCGACUUCUUUCCACUCCCCAAGGUGAUGAAUGAAGUAAUCAAGCUUUGUAAUAGUAUGUUCAACAUCCAAAUUGAAGAGGUCAAAUCCGGAUUCCAAACUUGGCAUCCGGAGGUCAAAUUCUUCCGUGUCAUUGACGCCGACCAAAAAGUGCUUGGUCACUUUUACUUUGAUCCCUAUCUGCGGGAUGACAAGGGCUAUCCGGGUGCAGAUAAAGGCUGGUUUAUCCCGGUGCGACCUCACAGUAUCAAAGCCAACUGUCAGCCCUUGGGCGCGCUUCUCAUGUCGUUGCCUGUGCCCGGCUAUGGGAAGCCCUCAUUAUUGAACUAUGAUGAAGUUGGAGAGCUGAUGCGAUUAUUUGGUAACGUUUUGCUCCAUCUUCUGCCGAAGAGCGAAUGGUCGGACCUUUCUGGGAAAUUCGGCUUGGAAUGGGAUGCUCUCGAGUUGGCCUCUAACUUUAUGGGGCAUUGGAGUGAACAACCCGAGAUCGUGUCCAAAUUGUCCGGGCAUUGGUCAUCCAAUGAGCCAAUUUCCUCGGACUUGGCGGUGAAGCUUUGCAAGUCUAAGCAACAUAUGGCUGGACUUGAGCUUUGUCAAGAACUCUACAAAACAUCAGUGGACAUGGCCUUCCACGACUCGGAAUGCCUUUCCGAGUCUGGACCAGAAAUCGCCAAUCGACUCUACGAUCAAUAUUUGCUGAUCCCAAGGAUCCCUGAAGACACGUUUCCGUUGAAUUUCGCUGAAAUCAUGGGCGGAGAACAUGCUGCAGCCUACUUUUGCCGCACAUGGUCAAAGAUGUUGGCAGCUGAUGCCUUUUCUGCUGUGAAAGAGGCUGGGCUUGAUAACGAGGAGGAAGUCAAAAAAGUGGCAAUGAGAUUCCGGAACACUUUCUUGUCUAUGGGCAGUUCUUUGCCCAUGGCCGAUAUCUUUCGACAAUUCCGAGGUCGUGACCCAUCUCAUGAGGCUCUACUCGUCUCCCUUGGCUUGAAAGAGAUCCACAAGCCCAAGAAACGUGGAUCUCAAGAAAUUGCCGCCAAUUAGUACAUGUCAACAACUUCACUUAUAUCGUUCGCUUAUUAUGAAUAAAUCCACAUAAAUGCGCCAACAA